UUUUCUCAUAAAAAAACCCUGCAACUAAAAAAUGCACCUCAUACGCCCAAAAUCCAUUCCAAAAAUUCAAUCUUUUUCAAUUCCAAGAUUAUAUUAUUCCUCAAAGACAUAUCACUAUAAAAAUAACAGUAACGAGGAGCAAGAAACUGUGAACGAAAUCACAUCCAUUUUAGGCCAAGAUGAUGAUUGGUUUCCAAAAUUGAAAUCAUUUCCAAGAAAACUAAACCCAGAUUUAGUUCAAUCAGUUUUUGAGCAAAACAAAUCAUGUGAUCCCGGAAAGCUGCUUCAUUUCUUCAAAUGCUCAUCUUCUAAGAUGGCGGGUACUUUUCAAAACUUGAAAUCUUUCUUGUUACUUUCAGUUUCUUUAUGCGAAUCGAAUAAGUUGCGAAAAGCUAGUAGUGUAUUAGACCAAAUGAUAGAAACCCGAAAACCGCGGGUUUCGGAUGUUGUAGAUGCAAUGAGAAGUGUAGGAUUGACUUCUGCAGUGUUUACUCAGAUUAUUUAUGCUUACAAGGGUAAACAUAUGUUGGAUGAAGCUGUUUCGUUAUUGUCGAGUUAUAAAGGUGUUGAUUGUUUUCCGAAUUUGGUGUGUUUGAAUUCUUUGAUGAGUGAUUUGUUGCAGGAUAAUAAGUUGGAUUUGUUUUGGAAAGUUUACGAGAGAUUAGUUGAGGAAAAUGUGACCCCUAAUGUUUAUAUUUACAGCAAUGUGAUUAACGCUUAUUGUAUGAGUGGGAAAAUGGAGGACGCGAAAAGGGUAUUUGCGGAAAUGGUGGAGAAAGAUUGCAGUCCUAAUGCUGUAACAUACAACCUUUUUAUAGUGGGGUUAAGUAGACACGGUCUUGUCGAUGAAGCUCUUGCUUAUAAGAAAUCAAUGGAUGAAAAGGGUUUAGCGUUGAAUGGGGAUACUUACAUGAUGAUUGUAGAGGGAUUAUGCAAGGCAAAUAGAACAAGUGAUGCGAAAAUGGUUUUAAGUGAUAUGAAAAAUGCAGGUGUUAGACCUAAGCAGCUUACUUACAUAUCUUUGAUUGAUUGGUUCAUGGGAGAAGGUAACAUAGAGGAAGCUUUAAGCAUGUUAUAUGAGAUGCUCUCUAAAAAGAUUGAACCCCGAUCAACAUUACGGUGUAUCAACAAUCUAAUGACGAAUUUGUUGAAACUAGACAGAAUGGAGUCUUUUUGGAAUGUGUAUAAAAAAAUGCUGGCUAAGAAGUUAAAACCCGAUGGUUUUACUUAUACUAAUGUGAUUGGUGGUUACAUGAAAGACGGGAAAGUGGAUGAAGCUAAAAAAAUGUUUUCUGAAAUGGGGAAGAAAGGUUACAGUCCGGGUUUGGUGACCUACAAUGUGCUAAUUAGUGGGUUAUGUAAAAGUGGUCUUGUUGAUGAAGCUUUUGUGUUGAAAAGUUCAAUGGCGAAGAAGGGUUUGGAACCUGAUGUUCUUACUUAUACAGAUCUUAUCGAUGGGUUAUGUAGAUUAAAGAGAUCCGAAGAUGCAAAAUUGCUUUUGGAAGAUAUGGCGUUUGUGGGUUUAUCUCCGGACAAUGUUACUUAUACUGCAUUGAUCAAUGGGUUUCUGAAACAAGGUGAAGUUGAUAAGGCGUUCAAAAUUAAGGAUGAAAUGGUUGCUAAAGGUAACAAACUCAAUCAUGUGACUUUUAAUUGCAUCAUAGAUGGAUUAUGUAAGCUUGGUCAAUGUGAUAAGGCGAUCAAGAUUCUCAACAAUAUGAAGGAGGAAAGUGUUUCCCCUGAUAUUUUUUGUUAUAAUUCGUUAAUUUUUGGUCUUUGUAAGGCAAAGAGAAUGGAGGAAGCUCGUGGUUUCUUGGCUCAAAUGAUAGAAAAUGAAGUAAAGCCGAAUGCUUUUACUUACGGAGCACUAAUAUCUGCUUAUAAUGAUAUUGCCGAAGUUAAGGUUGCUAAUGUGUAUUUCACAGAGAUGAUUGGCCUUGGAAUUUUGCCUGAUCAAGCUGUGUUAGCAUCCAUAAUUGAUGGUUAUUGUAAAGAAAAUAGCUCAACAGAAGCAAUCUCGUUUUUAAAAAGUAUGGUGGGGAAAAGUAUUCUUCCAGAUGUACAAAUUUACAACGCAUUCAUACAAGGUCUCUCAAAUAAUCAAAAGAUGGAACUGGCGAUGGAGGUGGUCUCGGAGCUUAGGGAGAAGAAUUUGAAUCUUGAUGUUUAUGCUUACACUUCUCUAAUUUCUGGCUUCAUUAAGCAAGGUGAUCUCCAGAACGGAUUCCAGUUGUUUGUUGAAAUGCAAGAUAGAAAUGUUCAUCCAAAUAUUGUUACAUAUAAUGCUUUGAUUAACGGGCUUUGUAAGGCAGGUGAUCUUAAGAGAGCAAAGGAACUAUUUGAUCAUAUCCCGGGGAAAGGCUUAAUAGCCAAUGCUCGGACUUAUGCUACAUUAAUUGACGGGUACUGCAAAUCAGGGUAUCUUCUUGAGGCAUUCAGCUUAUUAGAUGAGAUGUCCACGAACGGGUGUCAAGCAGAUGAGUAUGUCUAUGGAGCACUUGUGAAUGGCUGCUGCAAAGAAGGUGAUAUUGCAAGGGCAUGUUUGGUGUUUGACAGAAUUUUAGAUAGCAGUUUUGCAUCUACACCUACCAUGAAAACUUUAAUUGUCUGGUUGUGUGAAAAGGGGAAAUUUUCUGAAGUAUCGUCUUCUAUUGAUGAACUGAAGAAGAGGGGGGUAAUACUUGGUUCUGAUACGUGUAAGAAUCUGAUUCUUGGGUUGAAAAGUGGUGGUUAUGAUGAUGAAGUGGCUAUGGUGUUUGAAAAAAUGAUGAAGUUUGGAUGGGUGCCUGAUUUAACUAGUGCAAAUGAGUUGAUAUGUCAAGAAGAAACAGAGCUGAAAGAGGCUAAUACAUCAAAGGAAGCAUCCUUGUAAGUUUGUUGUAUGGUGUGACUUUUUUCGGAGUUGACCAUUAACAGCGUUGUUCAAAGAUUGUUUUAGCCCUUUUUACCACCUUAAGCUGGUCAAGAAAUGAUGUUUCAUUUUGCCAUGAUUUAUGCCCGGAUUCAACCCAAGAUGUUACACGCAACAUCAAGAGACAGGCUUGGACAUCAGCUCAAUGGUCUUCAUUACGAUCUUCAAGUUAUUAUAACGGAGCUCAAAUUCUCAAGGAACAUGGAUAUUAGUUGGAGGAUGCAGUAGGGAUUCUGAUGGGGCUGCAGGAAAAAUAUGAGACUCAUCACAGAUGUAAAUACAUAUCGGAGGCCAUAAAUGCUGUUGUGUACCUGCUAGCUAGAUACAUUCCUGACAGAUAUCUUCCCGACAAAGCCAUUGAUCUGAUUGACAAAGCAGGCAGUAGAGCGAGAAUGGAAUCAUUCAGAAAGAAAAAAGAACAGCAAGUUGACGUACUUUCUAAGUUCACCCAUAGAUUACUGGCAAGAAGUUAAAGCUGUCUGGGAUAUACAUAAUGUGGCUACUCCAUAAGUCCAUAAGCAUAUCACUGAAAAGUGGAGCGCUGGAGCUAUAUGCAAACAUGGUCUAUCAUUACUAUCGAUCAACUGCAUAUUAUAAUCACUCUGUAAAUGUUUUCCUGGACGUGUGAACACCAUUGGGUUAUUAGUGCUGAACACAGGAUGGUCUCAUGAAAGCUGUAUGUAUUUACUACACUGCUAUGUUGCUAACAGUGAUAUCUGGACCGGAUUGGGAAUGUGGAGUGCAUACAGUGAUACAGGCCACGCAGCUGAUUUAUUCCCAGAUUACCAGCAGCAGGCCUUUGACCUUGCUACCGUCAAAGGUGGUCCACCAAGGCACCAACCAAGAAGAUGUGGGUUUUGGUUCUUAGAGGGACAAGUAUGCGAGCAUUUUUCAUUCAGAAAGAAGGUACAUUCCCAGAUUACAAGUAUUUGGCUUCACAUGCACAAGUGAGUAGAUGGAAUUAGAGGAGAGCGAGUUCACUAAAAAGUGCAAGGUCUUUUGUGUUUUGCUCAUUAUGUUCAUUUUUCUGAGUUUUGUUCAUUAUGUUAUUUCCAUUCCUUGUGUGUGUGUG